UGCGACUAUCAGUCUGGAGCUCACCGCCUGACUGAGGAGGUGAAAGUUGCGCCACAGGAAGAUAAACCGCAAAAGACAAUAUUGUGCAUGAUUUGCGUGUGCAUCGGAUGAGAGGGAGUGGGGAAUAUUCCUCUCCACUAAAAGUAAAUAGAAAUAGGGUAACGGAGUUUGCUUAGCUCACUGAAGUCAGGCAAAUACGCAGAGUCGAGGUAGUAGUGGCGUGGGUACUUGUGCGUGAUUUUUGAUUCUUGCUCUCAGUCGCCACUGUUUCAGACUGAAGAUGCUCUUGGACGCAGGACCUCAGUAUCCUACCAUUGGGGUGACUACUUUCGGCUCCUCCAGGCAUCACUCAACAGGCGAAGUAACGGACAGAGAGGUAGCUUUGGGGAUCAAUCCCUUCGCCGAUGGAAUGGGUGCUUUCAAAAUCAACCACGGCUCGCAUGAUCUCGGCUCGGGGCAAACGGCGUUUUCUUCACAGGCGCCCGGCUACGCGGCAGCGGCUCUUGGACACCAUCACCACCCGACUCAUGUCAGCUCCUACUCCACCGCCGCUUUCAACUCCACCCGGGACUUUCUGUUUAGGAAUCGAGGAUUCGGUGAUGCCACCAGCGCGCAGCACAGUCUCUUCGCCUCCGCUGCGGGAAGUUUCGCUGGGCCACAUGGACAUUCUGAUGCAGCGGGACACCUGCUCUUCUCGGGACUUCACGAGCAAGCGGCUUCCCACGCAUCUUCAAACGUAGUGAACAGCCAAAUGCGCCUGGGCUUUUCAGGGGACAUGUAUGGGAGAGCCGACCAAUACGGCCAUGUAACAAGCCCGAGGUCAGAGCAUUAUGCCUCGACCCAACUGCAUGGGUACGGCCCGAUGAACAUGAACAUGGCUGCCCAUCACGGCGCCGGGGCCUUCUUCCGUUACAUGAGGCAGCCCAUCAAACAAGAACUUAUCUGCAAGUGGGUCGAGCCGGAGCAGCUGAGCAAUCCGAAAAAGUCGUGCAACAAAACUUUCAGCACGAUGCACGAGCUCGUGACCCAUCUGACGGUGGAGCAUGUCGGAGGGCCAGAGCAGUCGAACCAUAUUUGCUUUUGGGAAGAGUGCGCCCGAGAAGGGAAACCUUUCAAGGCGAAAUAUAAACUUGUAAAUCACAUCCGAGUGCAUACUGGAGAGAAGCCGUUCCCCUGUCCAUUCCCCGGCUGUGGCAAGGUGUUUGCACGAUCGGAAAAUCUUAAAAUUCACAAAAGGACACACACUGGUGAGAAACCAUUUAAGUGUGAAUUCGAAGGCUGCGACAGGCGUUUUGCAAAUAGCAGCGACCGCAAGAAACACAUGCACGUCCAUACGUCUGACAAGCCCUAUCUCUGCAAAAUGUGUGACAAAUCAUACACGCAUCCCAGCUCCCUCCGAAAACAUAUGAAGGUUCACGAAGCCUCCACUCAAGGAUCACAACCAUCUCCAGCGGCCAGUUCAGGGUACGAGUCCUCUACGCCUCCCACCAUUGUAUCCCCAUCCACAGAGAACCAGAGCAGCAGUUCCAUAUCGCCAGCAUCUUCGACAGUACAUCACACGACCAGUCACAGCACGCUGUCGUCAAAUUUUAAUGAAUGGUACGUGUAAAAAUAUUUUCAAAAGACUGCAGAAUUAGGACUGCUUGGAAUCAAAGACUGAAAAGCCUAUUCGCGUGGACCGACAGAACAAAAAGACAGAAAGAAAAACACAAGGAAGUCCUUUUUAAGGCUGUCUAGCAAAGAGAGAGAGCGAUGCAUGGACGAGAUACAAGGCCGAGAAACAAGUUAUUUUUUUCCAAUGUUUUUUUUAUUAUUAUUUGGAAAAUACUGCACACAAGUGAUCUCCGAUUGCAUGCUAUCUGCGGGUCGUGGCCUGGUUUGUACAUAAAGAUUCACCCUAGUUCAAAAUGUAAUAUUUUAUUUUGUAAAUAGGUAUAUUACAGUUUAAGGGAAUUUGUGAAAAUGUGGUCCCUAGAUAUAUGGAAAAUGAAAUGGUUUUAAAGAAUAUUGCGAUGAAUAGUCUUGAUUGAAAAGAAUGUUAUAGUUAAUGUGUACCAAAUGUGAAUUACUCAGUAUUACUACAGUCUACACGUCGACCUAACCGACUAUUAGUAUUAAUGUGCUUUUGUAUACAGUGCAACAUUUCGUCUGAAGUCAGUCUGAGUAGCACAGUGCCAUUGUUGUUAUUUAAUGUCAUGUCGAUAAAUCGUGUAGUGAAAGCCUGAAA